AUGGGACUAGGAGACUACUCUCCAGCCAGUGUGUGGUUUUAUGCCCCUAACAAAGCCGCUCCUAUUGUAUUUAUCAUUCUCUUCUCCAUAUCCGGUGUUUUGCACAUCUGGCAAACCAUCAAACACAAAUCAUGGCGGACCACGAUGCUCCUCCCUUGGGCCGCCCUACUCAUGAUCAGCGGCUUCGCUGUACGCCUGGCGGGCGCCUAUUCGCCCUCGAAUCUCAGCUACCUGAUCGCCUCGACCGUGCUCAUCAUGUCAGGGCCCCCAGUCUACGCCCUGAUCAACUACUUCAUCUUCUCUCGUCUGCUGUACUAUAUUCCCUACCUUGCGCCGCUGCAUCCAGGCCGCGUGGCCACGACCUUUAUUGGGCUGGAUGCAGUAUGUGAGAUUUUAAUUGGCCAGGGUGCAUGGCGAAUGGCUGAUUCAAGUUCAUCCGAUGCACAGCGGAGACUGGGUUCGAGGCUCGUCAGUGCCUCGCUGUGUCUCCAGGCCGCUCUAUUCGGUGCAUUUGGGCUGUUGGCAGCGCAGUUUCAUCGGCGGGCGGCAAGAGCUGGCGUGUUGAAACCGCAGCUACGUGUUGUCUUGUAUGUCUUGUAUGUGAGUGCUACAAUUGUUACCAUCCGCUGCAUCUACCGACUCAUCGAGUACUUUUCCGGAUGGGACUCUGGCAUUUACAAGAAUGAAGUGUACUUUUGGAUCUUCGAGGCGGCCAUCAUGUUCUUGAACUCAGCGCUGCUUAAUGCCUGGCACCCGGGAAAACGUCUCCCGCCGUCGAACUCGGUUUUUCUUGCUCGCGACGGCGUCACGGAACGCAAGGGGCCGGGCUGGAGGGAUGAUCGUCCGUGGAUCGUUACCAUGUUUGAUCCGUUUGAUCUGUGGGGCCUGGUCAAGGGCAGGGAUAAGAAGACGCAGUUUUGGGACAUGAGCGAUGGAGAACUCGAGGCUGCGAGGUUGGAAAAAAAGAGGAACAAGAGGGGCUUUGUGCAGGGUUUGUUGGAUCCGUUCCAUCUUUAUGGCAAGAGAGGAUACAUUGCGAGGUUUGUUCGUAAGAGGAGGGAAGCAAGGCAGAGUCAUGGGGAAAUUGGAAUGCAGCAGGGUCGCGCAGCCGAGAUGAAGAAUGGCGAUGCGGAGCAGAAGGGCCAAGUUUGA